AUGCCAAAACAAACAAGACAAGUCACCUUCCCGUUGAUGCUCUGUGUUGGCACUGCCGUGAUUGGCUCCCUGCAGUUUGGAUACAACACGGGUGUUAUCAAUGCACCUCAAAAGAUCAUUGAGAACUUCAUUAAUACGACAUGGGUCGAACGCUACCAGCAGCCCAUUACAGACAACACUCUCAAAGCUAUCUGGUCCAUCGCCGUAGCCAUCUUCUCUGUGGGCGGCAUCUUUGGCUCCUUCUCUGUCGGCGUCUUCGUCAACCGGUUUGGAAGGAGAAAUUCCAUGCUCAUGGCUAAUGUCCUGGCCCUGAUCUCAGCGGCCUUGAUGGGCUUCUCCAAGACAGCGUCCUCCUUUGAGAUGCUCAUCAUUGGUCGCUUUGUGGUGGGAUAUUACUCAGGCCUUUCAACCGGCUUCGUGCCCAUGUACGUGGGCGAGGUGUCACCCACGUCACUUCGGGGGGCUCUGGGCACCCUCCACCAGCUCGGCAUUGUCGUGGGCAUCCUCAUUGCACAGGUGUUUGGGUUAGAGGCCAUCAUGGGUAACAGCGAUUUGUGGCCGCUCCUCUUGGGCUUCAUCUUCAUACCGUCAGUGCUACAGUGCGUCCUGCUGCCUCUCUGCCCUGAGAGCCCACGUUUCCUGCUAAUCAACAAAAAUGAAGAAAACAAAGCCAAAACUGUUUUAAAGAAGUUAAGGGGCACCAACGACGUGAGCGCCGACAUGCAGGAGAUGAAAGAAGAGAGUCGGCAGAUGAUGCGAGAGAAGAAAGUGACGAUCUUGGAGCUUUUCCGCUCGCCGCUCUACCGCCAACCCCUCCUCGUUGCUGUCAUACUUCAACUUUCCCAGCAGCUGUCGGGCAUCAACGCCGUCUUUUACUACUCAACGAGCAUCUUCGAGCAAGCUGGCGUAGCGCAGCCAGUCUACGCCACCAUCGGAGCGGGCGUCGUUAACACGGCUUUCACUGUGGUGUCGCUGUUUGUCGUGGAGCGCGCCGGCCGUAGGUCUCUUCACCUGUUGGGUCUGAUGGGAAUGGCCGGUUCUGCCCUCCUGAUGACCAUUGCCAUGGCUUUGCUGGACCAGGUCAAAUGGAUGUCCUACCUGAGCAUCGUAGCUAUCUUCGCCUUCGUAGCCUUUUUCGAGAUAGGACCGGGUCCCAUCCCUUGGUUUAUCGUUGCCGAGUUGUUUUCUCAAGGGCCGAGGCCUUCAGCCAUGGCCGUGGCUGGGUUCUCCAACUGGACCGCCAAUUUCAUUGUUGGGAUGGGCUUCCAGUAUUUAGCUACGGCAUGCGGCGCCUACGUCUUUGUCAUCUUCAUCGUGCUGCUGCUCUUCUUCUUCGUUUUCACCUACUUCAAGGUCCCCGAGACCAAGGGCCGGACUUUUGACGAGAUCGCAUCAGGCUUCCGCCAGAGCGCCGUCACGGGCGGUGAGAAGCACGAGGAGCUCAACAGCCUGGGGGCCGACUCACAGCUUUGA